AGUGUGAGCACAUUUAUUUUCCCUUCACUUCUCCUUUUACACAAAUAGUCCCGGAUAUCCGUGUUACCAGCCUUGUCGUGGCCACCUCAAGUAUAGUCACCACUCCUGCCUGAAGAACUGAGGGAAAGUGCCUGCAAAAGGGCAAGAAUAUCCCAGCAUGGGCAUGAGCAGCUUGAAAUUCCUGAAGUACAUUCUGUUUUUCUUCAACUUGCUCUUCUGGUUUUGUGGCUGCUGCAUUUUGGGCUUUGGGAUCUAUCUACUGGCCCACAAUAACCUCUGGUCACUCCCCAUCCUCACUCCGGGCAAUGUACUUGUCAUCGUGGGCUCCAUUAUCGUGGUGGUUGCCUUUCUGGGCUGCAUGGGCUCCAUCAAGGAGAACAAGUGCCUGCUUAUGUCGUUCUUUAUCCUGCUGCUGAUUAUCCUCCUCGCUGAGGUGACCUUGGCCAUCCUGCUCUUCGUGUAUGAACAGAAGCUGAGUAAGUACGUGUCUGAGAGCCUGACUGACAGCAUCCAGAAAUACAACUCGGACAACAGCACCAGGGAGAUGUGGGAUUCCAUCCAGUCAUAUCUGCAAUGCUGUGGUGUAAAUGGCACAAGUGAUUGGGGCAAUCACCCACCAGAAUCUUGUCCCUCAGAUCCACGCAUUCAGGGUUGCUAUGAAAAAGCCAAACUGUGGUUUCAUUCCAAUUUCCUGCAUAUUGGAAUUAUCACUAUCUGCGUAUGUGUGAUCCAGGUGUUGGGGAUGUCCUUUGCGCUGACCUUGAACUGCCAGAUUGAUAAAACCAGCCAGGCCCUAGGGCUGUGACUUGCUACUGCCUUGUGCUGGAGAGGCUUAUUUCAUCCCUGGAAAUCCAAAGUCAUUUAUAGCAUGAAGCCCUAAAUGAUCACCUCUUGGACUGGUGUGUUUGUUCCCCUCUCAUCUCUUCCCUGUUUUGGUCCCUGCCUCUUACAACCAGAAGAGAGAUGUGUUUGCUAGUCAUUACCCAUAUCAGGCACCAGAAAAUCAUUCAACCACUCACGGAGGCACCUAUGUCCCUCAAAGUGGUGACACUAAUACCCGAGCAUUUUCAGACAUGAGAGGCCAAGAGAACCUCUGGCACUAAUGGUUCAAGAUCAAAGGAUAGGUCUUGGACUUGAAUUUUUGUAUCUUCUUAUUGUCAAAUAACUCUCUAGCCUCUACAUCAUGCCCAGACCACUCUCCAAAGUCAAGCAAAAGACAUGCUGAAGGGAACUCUGGGGCCAGACACAUUGGAUCACUGUUACAACCCUCUGCUUCCUUUUGGCUGGGCCUGGGCCUUGGCUCCAGGAAUGACAGAGUACUCUUUCUCCGAAGGGUAAGGUUUCUUUCAACUUUCUUGCUAAGGGCCUUAUGGAUUCAUUCUGUCCUUCCAGAAGAAACUGUCUAGUGAUUAGUAUCCUGACUUCAGCCAGUCACUUCGCCUUUGAUGUACAUAGCUGUGGAGGAACCAGCAGGACCAGUGUUUCUGGUGGUUUGGCUGAUAAUCACAUUCAUAAGAGCUCUGGUAUUAUUUCUCUAUCAAAUAAGGUUUUGUUAAUGUACUAUUUUAACUCUUCAAUAAACAAGAUAGCUUGUGAUCUCAA